GCAGAACCAAUGAAGUUAUCGCAUAUCGAUUUUUACAACAAAAGCAAAUUCUAUACAUAUUCUAAGAGAAAAUUUUAUGUUUUUUAUUUUGUUAUUCAAAACUGUGUAUUAUGCCACCGCCACGACCUAAGGGUACAGGGACAGGAUAUUCGACAGGGGCCACGCCCGCUCCCGCUAGGCCGAGCUCAAAUACGCCCAUGUCGGAGAGACAACAAAUGGCGCUGCUUGCAAAAAUCCAAAUGACUACAUCUUCAACAGAUACAACCAGGCCGUAUAGUAAAAAGAGCGAUAACAAAAAGGGAGACACAGAAAGUGAGGAAAGCAAUACAAAUGAAAAACAACAGGAAGGACUUGAAGUGAAGGAGAAACCUGUGCCAGAUGAUUCCAGUGCAGACACUAAAAAAGAUUCUCACAUGGAACAAAAUUCCACGCAGAGCUCAACGACUUCAAAACGUAACUAUUCUGAUAUAGAAGAAGACUACGAAGAAACAGGAGAUGAUAUAAAAAAGAAAAAACGAAAAGAUUCGGAUAAUUUAAAGGAUGUAAAAAGCAGUUCUUCAAAAUUAUCGUCAAGGUUUGAGAAGAACUCGAAAUUAGUUGCCUCAAAAAGCUCGCCAUCGGGCAAUAAAACUAAUGCAGCUGCAUCGGACAAAGAACUAGUGGAGCUAAAUAAGUGUGUCGAUGUUGAAAACGAAACCGAUGGAAGCGAAGAUUACAAGAGUAAUGAUAGCUUGUAUAACGGCGGUCCCAAAGUACCACCAUUAAAAAUUGUCAUUCCGCAACAAAACUGUUCCAUAGAUGGAACAGGGAAUGUUAAAAUUGCCGCUUCACGAAACGCCGCGUUGCCAUAUGUCGUCAGCUCAAAUAGUGAUUCUGUAGAUAAUGUACUAUCGAAUCAUUGUGUUAGUCCACACGAGAGCCCCCACAAGGUAAAUGUUGUAUGUUCAAAUGUGCUUGACGAUAAAAAUAUAAAACUGUUUAAUGAUGAAAAGAAUCUGAGAGUCCUGCGCAGCUCCCACCGUAGUGGGGUCGCAUGUGCUGAGCGAAGUUCUAACAAUUCAUCGCCACAAAUGCAAAGUAGCUCUCCUUCACCGGCAUCUUCAAACCACGCUAAUGAUGCUGCCGACGCAAAGGUGCCUUAUACCAAUAUGACAUCAAGCCCGUUACAAACAAAUCAGCAAUUCGAUCAUGAAGCUAUCCCCAAUGUACCAAGCCCUUCUACUUCGUCAACCUCCUCUUCUAAGGAAAUAAAUUCGUCUUCAAAUGUUGAUCUUCAUCCACGCAAGCGAAAAAUAAGACCGAAAAACGCAAACGACGACAACAUGAAAAAUUCAAACGUUUCUAUGAACACAAACGCCGACUCCACUAAUUCGGGAGAGUCUCAUCCGCACGACUAUCCAUUUACAAACGGUUUUCAAAUGUUUUUGAAUAUCCGAAGGCAAAUCGAAAAGAAAUGGAAACAUUUGUAUCCAGUUAAGCCAAGACCUCCCCAAGGCUAUAACGAAUACCUUUUAACGAAGAGGACAUAUUUAUUAAAUUCAAAUGCUGUAAAACCAGAAAUUACUAUCCCGGAAGCUAUUCCGAAGUUGAUGCAUGGAAUUUAUGAACAACAAGAGAAAGCUAGAAUAGAAUUAAUGGAAAGACAUACGGUUGAGCGGGAUCGACUCUGUUUAAGUGUAGAACAGGAAAUAAUUCGAGUUCAUUCAAACGCGGCCAGAAAUAUAUCAGGUCAAACUGUACCAUAUUCCGUUUGUACAUACUUGAAAGAUGAUGAAGUUUAUAACAUGAUUACUCCGGAGCAGGACGAAAAGGAGAAAAGUGCCCGUUGUCGAUUCAAUGGGCGGUUAUUACUCAGCUGGUUACAGGACGUAGACGACAAAUGGGAAAAAAUAAAAGAGGCAAUGGUUUUACGACAUCAUAAUGAAGCAGAGAGCCUUCAUGCUGUCCAAUUAAUGGAUUGGAACAUUUAUUUAAAACAGCAUAAAUUAUCCGAUUACAUUUACGAGUUAAAUGUUGAUAAGGAACAUGUACCCAUUGUGUAUGUUGGGGACGACUUUGAUCUUUUACCGGAAUAAAAUUAGUCUACUGUACAAUAUGGGCGAAAAAAUCACAGUACCGUUGGUUUACAAAUUACUUUUGGCAAUCCUUAUGAUAAAUUUAAUCUAUUAUAAAUUUAUAGCUGCAACAAUUUCAAAAAUAAAGGAAAUAUUUUUAAACUUUA